UACGACGUAGGCGCUUCUCUAUGCAAUCCCACUACUUUGCAAACCGAUGAGUUGUUGCUAUUUAUUUGGUCGAUAUCCCCAAAAUUUGACUGCAUCAUUUUGCUCCCAAAGAUGAUUCGGCUCCGGCUCCAUGUAUUUAUCUUAUAUUUACUCAUUCUGUGUGAUUAUACAUCUGGAAUCAGUGGGCAUGCGUUGCCGGCAACUAGGACUUAUGAUAAAGAAAAUACAGCCGAGCAUGUACCUGGUAAAUCCAAGUCCAUUGUAACUGAGGACCAAGCAUGGGAUUUUCUUGGAAUUGAGCGAUGUUCAACUGGACUUGGGCGUAAAUGUUUCUUUCAAAGAAACGAGCAGUACAACAUGUGCUUCUCUGGUAUUGAUGCCAUAUGUGACGGUGUACUGGACUGCCAAUGUGACGAAAAUGACGAGUUUUGUUUGACAGACGAAAACCAUGGAAUAUGUGAUUGGAUAGAUAUCGUCGGUAGUUUGAUGAAACAAGGACUGCCUCGUUUUGGAUAUGGAAAAAGUGACAGCUUCGUCUUUAAUUUCUUCUGGAUUGCUGGAUUCGAAGAGUUUUGCUCGGCCGAUGAAAAGGAAGUGACAGGAUUCCGUUGCCAUAGUGACCCGACAGUGUGUAUUACCCCUGAUGAGAUGUGUGAUGGCGCAUUCCAGUGCCAACGAGCGUGUGACAAACUAUUACGAAGUCCACUAGAUUGUCCAAGCGAUGAAGGCCAUGCUAUGUGUGAAAUAAAAAAUACGUUUGACGAGUUUUUCAACAAAGUGACCUCAACAUCGGCGUCAGCUAACGUGUAUGAAGAUGAGACUAAUACGGAAACUACUGCUCCUAGUGCAUCUUCGUUACUCCUACACCUCAACACGACAACUGCACCUGCCAUGGGUCCACAUUUCCCGAAGAUUGUAGAUCCCAAGAAAAACAAAUAUGAGCAGAUAUCACGAUACUGA